CUUCGCUGUUGCUCUUCCUUACGACAGCUGGGGUUCCAGCAGCAGCAGCACCAAGGAUGUCAAGACCACUUCUUCCCUUCCCGUCCAGCAGCAGUACCUGGGGCGCAUCUACCACCAAGAAAACGGAGUCGAAGACUACCGAGUCAAAGACCACCGGAACCCAGUCUUCUGGGUCCAAGUCCAAGUCCAUUGAGUCGAAGACUGUUCCGACUGUCAGCUCUUGGAGCCAGACUACUGAGAGCAAGACUACCCCUACCACCAGCUCUUGGACCACCGAGUCUUCCAAGACCUCGUCCAAGUCGAGCAGCUCCAGCUACUCCAAGAGCUCUUCCAAGAGCAGCAGCUCGUCCAAGAGCAAGAGCUCUUCCACCAGCGUCAGCACAUCCUGCACGACCAAGUACGUGACUUCGGUUUCUACUGGAUAUUUGACCACAGUCACCUACUCAGCAACCACCGUCUAUGUCCCUGCCGUAAGCACCUCUGAGAUCGUUACUGUCUCGACCUUUGUCAGCACUGGCGAAUCCGUCAUUACGAAGCCCACUACCGUCAUUGAGACCAAGCCAGUCGUCACUUCAGCGGUAUCCUGGAGCACUUACUCCACCUGUCUUGUUACCUCCAAGCCUAUCACCGUCACCUCGACCGCCUACGAAACCCAGACCGAAACUAGCGUAGUCACUGAGACCAAGCCUGUCGAGCAGACUCAAACCAAGACUGUCACCGAGGUCAAGACCAUCACCGUCAGCAAGCCCGAAGUCGAAAGCAAGACAAUGACCAUCACAAAGCCAGAGACCAAGACGAUCACCACUGGCAAGCAGGUCUGCACCACCGUCCCUGCUAACUGGGGUGGCAGCGGCUACGGCUGG